AUGAAGUGGUUGACCUCCUCGACCUUCUCGUCCAGCCUCCUUCUCCGAUACUGCCCGCAAAAUGUCAUCCCCCCGGUUGCGCAACGUUACUUAGGCUCUCCUUUCCAUCCGAUUCACCCCAAAAUUGCACACAUGCAUGCGACCCGCGAUCCAAAUACUCUAUGGUGGCGGGCAUCAGUAGCGCCUAUCGGGGACCUCAGGCGGGUGGUUCGCUCGUGGUGUGCCCGCAAAGCACGCCUCGCAUUUCAACAAGCGUUGAGGAAUCAUGGGUUUGACGACUCGGGGAAGCCUCUAUCUGAUUUCCCGGUUCCUCCAAAAUAUAACUUGACGGGCUCUUUGGAGGUCGUCGUCCGCCCUAGUGGUGUUGGUCAGAGCUUCGAAACGUUCCGGGACGAUGCGGAUCGCCUUCUGGGGAAUAUACUGAGACUUCGGUCCGCUCAUCUGGAGCGUGCAUCUAAGAAGCCUGCGAGUCAUUUGAAGUCUUCCAAAUCUUCUAAGAAGCCGAAGUCGAAGUCGUGA